AGAAGAUGAGAGUGAGGAAGAAGAAGAGCAGCAGCGCAGAGUGAAGCAGGGCUGUAUAUGAAGGUCAGGGUGAUAAAUCCUGAUAAAACACCGAGUUCCUGCGUUAAUCUGCUGUAGAUCAGUGUGAUGGAUUCUCAGGGUGUGGCGGCGGAUCCCCACCUGCAGCAGUUUAUCGAGGUGGAGUCUCAGAAGCAGAGGUUUCAGCAGCUGGUCCACCAGAUGACUGAGGUGUGCUGGGAGAAGUGCAUGGAUAAGCCUGGCCCGAAGCUGGACUCCAGGACUGAAGUCUGUUUUGUUAACUGUGUUGAACGUUUUAUUGACACGAGUCAGUUCAUCCUCAACAGACUGGAACAAACUCAGAGGACGAGAGGCUCGUUCUCAUAGACGAUAACGGACUGACCUCCAUCCAGAAAACUAAUGGAAAUUGUCUGUUGUCUCGUCAAACAAAGUGCCUCACUGUGAAGUUUAUCAGAACACCAGUUCUGUAUCAGAGUGAUAUGGACAUAAAGGAUAGGAUACAUCUGCUGUGCUUUUUACGCUUCUCUCAAAGAUCUGGACCCAUAUUGAUUUUUUUUUUAUUGCCUUCUCUUUAAUUUAUGUUGCAUGCAAAUCAGUGUAGUGUGCUAUAGAAGGUUACAUCAGCAAUUAAACAUGCACAUGCAAUAAAGUUCAUAUUCACUUGU